UCUGACUAUUCAAGUAAAUUGUGAUAAUCGCAUCGUUAAUAAGGGUAGUUCACCGGUUUACCGACUACCCGCGUAGGCAGUGUAGCAACUGGACCUCAACGUAUCUAUACAUACGUUGCAUACAUAAACAACAUUCGUGUACUCUUUGACGUGGGUGAUGGGUGAUCAAAUUUGAUAUGAAAUGUACAGAAAUGGUAAAGCAAUAAACGAGAGACCGUAGAAUAAGGAACAAAUAUAGAGUUCACGCCUGUAUCUUUUGUGUAUAUGUAUUGACUCGUAAAAAUUUUAUAGUAGUUAAGGAAAAAUAACAAACAGUUAACCGCAUGAGAUAUGGGAUCAGUAAAUAAUGUGCUCAUUUCUUUUAUUUUUAUCGUUGCGUUUUCCAUAACCUGUUGUGAAGAUUUGAAAAAGCCGACAGUUUUAAUAUCAAUUUUAGUACGAAAUAAGGCACACACGUUGCCAUACUUUUUAACCUUUUUAGAACAGCUAAAUUAUCCAAAAGACCGAAUACAUUUGUGUAUAUACAGCGACAAUAACAUCGAUAAUUCCAUUGAAAUUCUGUCUACGUGGAUAAACAAUAGAGUUAACGAAUAUCAUGGAAUCGAUAAAGAUUUCAACGAAAAAUCAAAUGGCUUUGAAGACGAAGAUGGUGUCGCCGAUUGGUCAAUCCAAAGAUUUCUACACGUGAUAAAUCUGCGUGAAAGAGGCCUUAACGCAGGGAGGCAGCUCUGGGCAGACUUUGUUUUGAUGCUCGACGCGGACGUUUUUCUAACGAAUCCAAAUACUCUUGAUAAAUUAGUUUUAAAAAAUGAGAUUGUAGCCAGUCCAUUAUUAAAAUCAGAUGGCAUGUACAGUAAUUUCUGGACUGGAAUGAACACCUAUUAUUAUUAUCUUAGAACGGACAAAUAUGAUCAAAUAUUGUUUCGCGAGGAAACGGGAUGUUUUAAGGUACCAAUGGUUCAUAGCGCGGUUCUUAUAAAUUUGCGAAGAUCCAUUUCGGAUCGUUUAUCUUAUGACCCGCGUUACUUGGAUCAGUAUGAUGGCCCUGUGGAUGACAUUAUAAGCUUCGCUGUUGGAGCCAACAAAUCUGAUAUACCACUGUUUAUCUGUAACGACGAAGAUUACGGAUUUGUUACGAUGCCGUUGGAGAAAGGAGAAACAAUCACGGACGAUUUAGAGCUCUUGACCAACAUUAAAACGGAAAUAUUAAACACUAAUAAUCUUACGUUGUCAAAGGAUCUUGAACAAUAUGUUCAAUAUCCUACAGAGGAUACACUAGGGGUCGAUCAAAUUUAUAUGAUAAAUCUUUUAAGAAGACCGGAUCGAAGAAACAGAAUGCAUCAACUUUUUAAAGAACUUGGUAUUCAUGCGCAAACAAUUGAUGCUUUUGACGGAAGGACAUUAAAUCGAUCAAUUCUAAGCGAUGCUGGCGUGGAAACAAUGCCGGAAUACUCCGAUCCCUAUCACGAUAGACCAAUGACUAUGGGAGAAAUUGGUUGUUUCCUAAGUCAUUACAUUAUUUGGAGCGAGGUGAUAGAAAGUGACUUGGAAACCGUUAUAAUCUUGGAAGACGACGUUCGCUUCGAACCGUUUUUCCGACAAAAGGUGAAGUAUAUAUUAACAGAGCUCGAUAAUCUUAAUGUCGUAUGGGAUUUGAUCUACUUAGGAAGAAAAAGAUUAAUAGAGAACGCCGAAUCUCCUAUUGAUGGAUCAAAAUACUUAGUACGUGCUGCUUACAGUUACUGGACACUAGGAUAUAUCUUAUCGAGAAGCGGAGCAAAAAAACUCGUAGAAGCAGAACCGCUUAAAAAAUUAGUGCCCGUUGACGAAUAUCUUCCAAUAUUAGCUGACACACAUCCAAAAAAAGAGUGGAAAGUUCACUAUCCGAAACGAGAUUUGAUAAUCCUCUCUGUAAAUCCUUUGUUAAUUCAUCCGACUCAUUAUACCGGCGAUCAAGGAUACAUCAGCGAUACAGAAGACUCGACGAUCAUAGUUCUGGACGAAAACAUAAGUAAAUCCAAAGAACGAGAAGAGUUAUAAGUGCCAUAAAAAUUGUGUGUUUUACGACCUAUGAUGAAAAGAGAUAUGUACGAUAUUGUCCUUUUAAUCGAAUCGUAAACAAUUGCACAACAAAUAAUUCACUGCCAUGUAAAUCUUUAGAAUCUAAGAACAUAAAAUUAUAAAUGAUAAUGGAGAAAAUAUAUUUUCCUAUAAUGCA